CCGUCCAGUGCUUCCCCAUGAGGAAUGUGGCCUUUCAGCGCUGGCUGAGAUCCGCAGUCGCUUGGCCGCUACUUCCGUUACUUUAAGACGGUGCCUGAGGUUGGGGGUGACCAUGGCCAAGAGCAAGUUUGAGUACGUGCGGGAUUUUGAGGCUGACGAUACCUGCUUGCCGCACUGCUGGGUUGUGGUGAGACUGGACGGCCGGAAUUUCCACCGGUUUGCCGAGAAGCACAGCUUUGCAAAACCUAAUGACAGUCGAGCUCUCCAGCUGAUGACCAAAUGUGCCCAGACAGUAAUGGAGGAGCUGGAGGACAUUGUCAUUGCAUAUGGACAGAGCGAUGAGUACAGCUUUGUGUUCAGGCGGAAAAGCAAUUGGUUUAAAAGAAGAGCCAGUAAGUUCAUGACUCUCGUGGCCUCCCAGUUCGCCUCCAGUUAUGUGUUUUAUUGGCGGGAUUACUUUGCGGACCAGCCUCUUCUGUAUCCCCCAGGAUUUGAUGGAAGAGUUGUGUUGUAUCCUAGCAACCAGACCUUGAAGGACUACCUCAGUUGGCGACAGGCAGACUGUCAUAUCAAUAAUCUUUAUAACACAGUUUUCUGGGCCCUUAUCCAGCAAUCUGGGCUAACACCAGUCCAAGCCCAGGAGCGAUUAAAGGUGGAUGAAGUCAGGACACAAGAAGUUAGGCUGCCUGCAGAAAUGGAAGGGGAAAGGAUGACUGUGACCCGGACCAGAGCCAGGCCUGUGCCCUUGUACUGCGAUCUCAUUGGGGAUGCAUUCUGGAAGGAACACCCAGACAUUCUGUCGGGAGACAACUAAGCCUGCACUCUGCAAUUCUGCCCUGCUUAACCAUGUGGGGCUCCCGGAGUCUCCUCUCCUUGGGAGGGCUCAAGCAUUUCUAGCCCCAAGAACACUGUACAGAGUGAAAUGACUGGAGGAGCUGGGUAGAGACAGAGAAAAAAGCAAUGGACGGGGGCAGUGUAUCUUAUUGUGCUCAAACAGAAUACCUUUCCUUUUUUUUACAGUGUUAGAACAUGACUUCUUUGGCUCUUUUCAAAAUCAUGAUCCUAUUUUUAUAAAAGAACUAUUCACGCUUUUCUGGAGGAGUCAUUUUUUUAGCUGUGGCAUAAGCCUUACAAAAACCUAUCACUUCUGAUUGAAGAGGAGCCCAAACUUUACCCUCACCCACCUAUCUUAAAUAGGGAACACAGCAACUGAAAAAUCCCACUUGUGACAGCCGUGUACUUACACUCAUCUUUUGGCAUGAGGUUAAAUAUGGGUUCCUGCCUGCACGAUGCCUCCAGAUUGAGGAAUCCCAGGGAACACUUGAGGCUUCGUGCCAGUUCCCCAGGGUGGCAGCAUUGACUGAACAAAGGAGGAGUGGUUCAUUCCUCCUGCACCAUUCCAGGAUUGAUUUUUCUGCAAUUGGUAGUAUGAUCAUCAUCAUCUUCUCUUACCAGGGAUAUAACUCUUUUGAAGAAAAGGUAUUUUGGGGAGGUAUAUGUGUAUUUGUAUGAAAGAGGAUGGAGAAGCAGCUGCUCCAUGGAUGCUAGAAGUACUUCAUUUGGAAAAGCUGACUUUGGAUUAGACUUCUGGAUAAGCAUUUUCAAAUAGCCUCAAUGUAGUCUUGUAUUUGACUACAUAUUUGAAUUCAAGAACACCAGGAGGCCUGAUUUGGUUUAACCUAAUCCCAGCUCUCAGGAGGUUGGGGCAGGAAGAGAAAAUGUAUGAAGCCAAACUGGACUACAUGGCAAGACUGUAAAAAAGGGUGGGUUUGGGGACUAUUGAUUCAGAGGUUUUAAAUAGCCCCUCCUGUUGGCGGCAGGAUGGAGUUGGCAAGAGAGUAGUAAGGGAUCAUUUGUUCCCAAGGUGUUGGAAUCAAUGGCAUAGUCACAUUUCCCCUUGACCUUGUUUUAUGUUUUAGAGGAAAAAGAUUAUUUACUUCCAUCAGGAAUUAAUUAAAAGACAGCCCAUGUCCUGCUUCCUGGUCUUGAUUGUAGAAUUUACAGCCAAGAAGAAAAUGUAUUUCUGACAGAGCAGCAUCUGGCUCAUCCCUCACCAAUUGACACUCCAUCUGCUGAUGCCAGAUUUUUUCCUUCCUGUUCUCCCCACUCCCCAAGAAGAAGCAAUAGAGCUCAUGUUUGGUAACUGAAAUAAAGAUUUCAACUUCUUGGCCUACUUAA